AACAAGUCCCGCUCCUGCAAGCGGUGUCAGGACAAGUUGCAUCUCGAGCAGCAAAUCAGUGCUUACUUCAUUCCUGAAAUGGAUUCUUUCUGUCUGCGGUCAUUGGAAAGUAAUCUCCGCAAAGACCGCCAUCCAGAUGUUACAAGGACAGUGCACAAUAUGUCUCGCAAUGAGACUCGGGACAUGUUCAUGGCAAGACACUUGGAGGAAUUAGAAAAGAGUGGGACUGGAAAAUUCACAUCUAUGAAAAAAAGGGGAUCAGACCAGAUCCAGUGGCGCUGUGAAAGAGGCAAUAAAUGUAAAGGGAAGUCAAGCGGAGAUCCCCUGACCACAAAGGCCAACGGCUGUGGAGCCUAUGUCUCGUUUACAUUUGUGAGCAAAAAUACCUUCAACAACUGCAUUGUGCGCCUAAUGAACAGACACUCAGGACAUGACCUCAGUAAUCCCCAGGAGGAUCAUUCCAAUCAGAUCAACAGUGAUUUGAUUGCCUACACUCAUACCUGCUUUCAGCUGGGAGACUCAGAUGCAGAAAUCCUGCUUAAAUGCAAAGAGUGGGUGAAGGCCCAGGGAAAGAAGGGUCGCACAGAUCUGCAGUACUUAGUUACUCCUAAGAACAUAACACUAUUAAAAAAGAGCUUUCAGUCACAGAACAGAAUAGAUGUUGCUGGCAGUGAUUGCGCUUCUGUCGAUCGACUCGUCAAAACAGAGUUGAAAGACCAAAUUAUUUUCUAUCAACCUUUUUCACACAGUGAGAAACAGUCACUGGUUAUUGUUUUAAGUUCACCCUGGCAAAUUGAACAGUUAAAAAAAUAUGGCCCUGAGAUGAUAUAUCUUGAUGCUACAAACAAGGGUGUCACACAAUAUGGAUUUGCAUUCUAUGCUGUAGCCAUAAAUUCAGACGAAGGUCGGGGCGUGCCUGUUGCCUUCUUUAUCUUGAGCGAGGAGUCAUCACAAUACUUGUCACUAUGUUUGCAGAAGUUGCAAGAAGCUGCCGGCCCAUUUCAGCCAAGGUAACUAGUCUAA